AUAUAUAAGCACUUGAGUUCCUCGCUCGCAGCAGUCCCGACAGAUCGAUCAGCCAUGAAGAAGACCACCACCUCGGCCUUCGCCGCCGUCCUCCUGCUCGCGAUGCUGGCGGCCAUGCCGGCGCGGGCCGACGACGUCUCGUGCUCCAGCGUUAUCAACGACCUGUCGCCGUGCCUGGACUUCCUGCAGGGCGACGCCGGGCAGCCCAGCGCCAGGUGCUGCGACGGCGUGAAGAACAUCUACGAGCCCAUGGACACGACGGCCGCGAGGCAGGCGACGUGCGAGUGCCUCAAGUCGGCCUACAACAUGAUCAACGCCGAACUCUACGCCGCGCAGACGCUGCCCGGCGCCUGCGGGGUCCCGCCGUCCUACACCAUCACCCCGAACUUCGACUGCUCACAGAUUGAGUAAAGAAGAAGCUUUACCAGAGUCCAUAUGAGGGAUUGAUC